GAGGAAAUAGAUCUCUCCACGACGCUCCACCGGUGCACCACGGGGUGCGCAUUCAAACUGACCAGCGCGUCUCUGUCACAGCGCAGACAGCGUCCUCUCUCCACAUCCAUCACCGAGCAACCUCACCGUAGCUGACCACUGGUGCCGGUGCUGAGAAGCUGCAGAGAAGAAGAAGAAGAAGGAGAAGAAGAAGAAGAAGAAGAAGAAGAAGAAGAAGAAGAAGAAGAAGAAGAAGAAGAAGAAGAAGAAGAAGAGGGAGGAAGUGAUGUUCUUUCCUCAGGUCACUGUGACUGUCAGCUCAGUGAGGAUUUGAGUCUGUCGGGACGCCUCUUCUCACGCCAGAACCAUUUAUCCCACUAUUCUAAAGCAAAAAAACAACAAGCAACCUAACUUCCUGACCUGACACCUCGCGCUGCUCCAGUCAUCUACUUCCGUACAGAGUGUCAUGGCCUUCACCCUGUCAGAGAUAAUGGCUGCUAGGAGGCAGCAGUCGCAGGCUCAGUCACACUCUCAGCGAGGCAGCAGGGCGGCGGUGGAGGUGGACGAGUACAGCACGAACCCCACUCAGGCCUUUACCUUCUACAACAUCAACCAGGGACGCUUCCAGCCACCACAUGUCCACAUGGUGGACCCAAUGCCCCACGACACCCCCAAGCCACCAGGCUACACCCGCUUUGUGUGCAUCUCGGACACUCACUCCCGAACCGACGCCAUCCAGAUGCCAUAUGGGGACGUGUUCAUUCAUGCUGGAGACUUCACUGAGCUUGGACUGCCCUCCGAGGUCAAGAAGUUCAACGACUGGCUAGGUACCCUGCCCUAUGACAUCAAGAUAGUAAUUGCCGGAAACCAUGAGUUGACCUUUGACCAGGAGUUUAUGGCUGACCUGAUCAAACAGGACUUCUACUACUUUCCCUCUGCCUCCAAGCUAAAGCCAGAGAAUUAUGAGAAUGUCCAGUCACUGCUCACCAACUGCAUCUACCUGCAAGACUCUGAGGUCACUGUGCGAGGCUUCAGGAUCUACGGCUCCCCCUGGCAGCCCUGGUACUACGGCUGGGGCUUCAACCUGCCACGGGGUCAGGCUCUGCUCGACAAGUGGAACCAGGUCCCUGACAACACAGACAUCCUGGUCACACACUGCCCCCCACUGGGUUUCCUGGACUGGGUUCCAAAAAAGAUGCAGCGCGUCGGGUGCAUGGAGCUGCUCAACACGGUCCAGAGGAGAGUCCAGCCCAAACUGCAUGUGUUCGGACACAUUCAUGAAGGUUACGGCAUGAUGACUGACGGCACCACGACUUUCGUCAACGCCUCGGCCUGCACUGUCAACUUCCUGCCCAUGAACGCACCCAUCGUCAUUGACCUUCCAAACCCCAGGGCCACAUGACUAGAGGGAGCUCGCCCCAAAACACCUCCCGCCAAUCAGGAGAAAGGAGCCAAGAGGGGCAGGUGAGGUCAGAGGGCUGAACAGACCUAAUUGUGUACAUAUAUAACACAGCUGUGCGUUUAACGCUACACCUACGGACAAAGUGAAGGACGGACCAUCCCUCACAAUAUUAAUGUUUUUUCAUGUGUCAUCAUUUUAUUCGUCUCAACGCUCAGUCCAAAAGCAUACGGACGAACGGAGAGAUGCCUUCACACGCGGACAAAUGGACAUUUCUCUAUGUCCUCUUUUACUGCACGUGCAAUCUGACGUGGCUCUCUCCCUUUGCCUAGUCUACAGGAGCGCGGUGGGUAAGCCACAACUCCGCAGUAGCAAUGCAACAUUUGGCGAGGGGGAUUGUAAACAGAGCUUUUCUCCCCCACACAUUUUUAAAGAUUGAUUUCUCAUCUUUUUAUCUCGUUUCUUGCCUCCCCACAAGACUCCUGAUGUUUCUGUCCCAUUCUCGGGCCUGGAGCAUGCUAAAGUGGGUUUCCUUGUGUGUGCGUCUGAGAUCGAAGUAAGUGUGUAAGAGAUCUCUGCCAAGGACUGUGUGAGAGUUGGGGUGUCAAACAUAAUGACACCGCUCCCAUGAGCCUCAUUACAGCCUUCGUAAGCCUCUAAAUGGGCGGAGAGGAGGCUGCGGAGGAAACCAUGGGCAGCACUUCCCUCUUCCCUCACCGCAUCUUCCUCUAUUUAGCUCCCCUUCUGCCUUUUCUUUUCAUUUUUUUCCUUCCCCUCUACCUUCCUGCUGUGAGAGACUGUCUCUUUUUUUGGCUAUGACUGUGAGGUCAGGCUCUUUGGACUUGGAAAGGACAGCAGGUAACAUGCAAUGUGAAGGUGCUACAAUGCUAACAUUACUUCUGGACUGUCACAGCAACUCCAGCCCCUGAAGAGCGACAGUUGUUUCAAGGACCCUCACUUGUGUUGUCCUUGGAAGAACCAGAACAAUGUAUCCUCUUUUCAAGAGGAAUAAAGCUGUAACUACAUGUAUUGUAACUGGUCUAUGUAAAUGUUCUCUGUCAAUGUAAAGCAAAAAAAAAAAAAAAAAAAAAAAAAAAACUUGAAAAUUUUCUUGAAAAAUUUCCAAGCUGUUGCUAUGCUUUUCAAAAUAACUUGUUAAUAUUUGUGUCCAGAAAUGUGUGGUUGUUACAUUUCCUUUGGUCUUUUUUCUUCGUAAUGUAAAAGCUUAUUAUGGUAUUCUCCUCUCUGUGAAGCUGCUCGGCCCCAUUUGGUGAUUAUUAACUCUUUCAUGUCCCUUUUGUCUGUGUUUUUAAAAAAAAAAAAAAAAGAGUAAAACAUUUUUUUCUCCAUUUUGCUCUAUUUUCUGUUUAAGGCUGCUCUCAGUAAGAGUCUGAAUGUGCUCAGCAUAACCAGACCAUGUCACACUUUGAUCUGUCCUGUCUCCGACAUUAUGUAUGAGCGUUCCCCGAAGCUGCAGUUUACUCCCGUUUCACUAUCGCUUCUUCCCGCACAUCAGCAUUCAUUGUGCUGGCUGAUAUCUUAAUGUUUCCAAAUGGGCAAAAAGAGGAAAGAGCAGAAUCGCUCACUGAGGAAACAAUGUGGAUAAUGGUGGCACACUUGUUAGAACAUGCACAUUGGUGGCUUGUUUUUGGUUUGUGUUAUACUCAUGGUAUAGCGACUGAUUUGGAACAUUUUGCCUCCUCGGGGUCACCUCCACCUCUGAUUUGUUCUUCACCCCAAAAACUGUCAAUCAGAGUUUGGAUCUGAGGAUUUUGGGACCUGAGGUUUCCCAGUGGAACAUUGCAUUGUAACAAGAUGAUCACUGUCACUUCACCUGUUGGUGCAUGUAAAGUGAAUGAUUGUGUAUAUCUCAAGUAAUAUCAGAUCCAUAUAGUCAGGGUGAUAAAUCUGAAAUACAUUCACAGCUUACUUUCCAACACCACUGAUGGAUACUUUACAUCAACCACAAGUUUAGUUUGAUGCAUUUACAGCCCUUAUCUAAUUGUGCCACAUGUUAAAUUUGUGAGGUACUAAACUAUUCGCAAAGGCAAAAAUUAAAAAUACAGUAGCUACGGUGCCACUACUAUGUUUAUGACAAGAUGCUGCCUAUGCAACAUGUUCUCAACCCAAACUCAUCAAAUACAGCAGCUUGAUCAGUGGCUCUAAGCUUCUACACUCUGCACUCAAAAUGCAAAAACUGAGGCUAAGUUGGUUUAAACUUAGCUUCAGUUUUUGCAUGUGCAGCGCUUCACUAGCAAUAAUAGAUAUGCAAUGCCUUGUUAGACUCUCAAAUUAAAUCUUUGGAAGGUUAACAAUAUUAAACGGUUACCCUUUGAUUCAGGUUUUGUAAAAGAUUAUGGUUUGAGUUAAGAUAAGUAAGUAAGGUCUGUUAAGAGGUAAGUCAAAAACAAGUCAACUGUGACUUUUGGUUUCGGUCUCCUGGGUAGAAGUCCUGUGUUUACCAAGGACAAGCAACCCAUCCACCUCCCAUUAUGGAUUCAUCUCACACUGAGGUGCACCUCAGAAAUGAUGCUAGAUGUACCUACAACAGCAUAGAUUAAAGUGGUGGCCCACUGACCAAGCUGACAGAUUUGAUGCAUUGGGAGUAAGAAAGUUCUGGCUUGUGGAAAUAUUGUUGGUACAAGUUCCACUAGUUAUUAGCGAAACCAGGUGGAAGCACGAAUGAAGUCCAAAGACAUUGGCAGGAAUAUUGGUAACAAUGCAGAAACAUUUGCUAAUGUUGUUGUGCAGGGUUACUACUUUACCAUUUGUUGCAAUCGCUGUUAGGCUAACAUAGUGUUGAUUAAACUUAUAACACUCCGUGCAUAUGUGUCACAUUAAACCGUUCCAGGACAGGGAGCAAUUAUGCCUCACUUCGGUUUUGUUGGAUCAGAAGAACAAGUAAUGGCUCUUUGUUGAAUGUGGGCUUAAUCUAUCUUUGCUUUGCUCGUCAAACCACCAGAACUUCAGGCAUGAAACGGGGAAACUUUAGAUCAGGGUUAGCUAUCAAUAUUUUGAAUGUUUGCAUUUUGGUUUAAAACAUAAACCUAAUUUAUGUCUAUGAAGGACUAUGUUCAGAGGAAAAAAAUUAAGGGAACUGUUCAAAUCCAAAAGAUGGGAGGAACUUUUAUCUCUAAGUUUCAUGAAAAGCCGUCUGUUUGGUCCGACUCUCCAGUUCCAGUCCUCAUUUAGAUGUCUCACUUUGAUGCUCUCCUGCUUCAGUAGCUGUGUUAUGUGUUUCCUUAUGUGUUUUUUCCAAGACAAAAUAAAAAAGUGCUGUGCUAUUUCUUGAUUUUCUUUUUUUUUUUUUUUUUUCUUGAGGCAUGCUUAAAUGAGUUAAUGACUUCUGCUACUCAGACAAUCUGCAUAUGAAGAGUUUUGUUCCAAAAUGAGAUAUGUGCCGUUUGGAAAAAAAGGGACGCCUACACAGGCAGAAUGAUUGACAGCUCAAACUUGAAGGCAGAUUGUGGUGGUACAUUUUGAAGGGUUGUUAGUAACUUGUGUCCCUGCUUACAUUUUCACUGGCUGAAUCAAUAUUCCAACAACACUGGAUGGUCAUGAACUUAAAGUCUUUUUUUCAAGAGGAUAUCUCGCAUUUUGGAAUGAAAGUGUUCAUAUGGUCUUGAGUUUUGCCAUUGUUGUUGGGGACGUUUUUUCAAAGAAGAAAAUGAAGACCCAACAACUGCAAAAUCUGACUGUGUUGCUCCUGGAGACAACUCUAAAAAUGUAAAGUACCUUUCUUUCUUAAAACCAUUAUGAUUCUGCUGGUUCUGAGAGAUUAAUCGCUGAUUGAAUAAAACCUUAUCUGUGACCAGUA